AUGGAUGCCAACAUAGAACAUUCAGAUCGUGAGUGUGAUGAGGUAGGAAUUGAUAAUAGCAUUGAAUGUGAUGAAACUAUUGAACAACCUACGGUUGGAAUGAACUUUUCAUCUGUAGAAGAAGUCUUGUCUUACUAUAUGAAAUAUGGUAAGCAGAAGGGCUUUGGAAUGUGUAAAAGAAAUUCUAGACAAGAUGACAAUGGGAACAUUAGAUGGAUUUGCUUGGCAUGUGUGCGAGGAGGCACAUCAAAGAGUAAGGCUGUCAAUGUUAUGAAACCAAGACAGAUAGAGAAGAUAGGGUGUAUGGCUAAGAUUAAUGUGAUACUGAAUAAUGAAGGUGGAUAUACCCUAUCUAAAGUAAUCUUGGAUCACACAUACGUUUGUAGUCUGGGAAAGGCAAGGCAUUUCAGAUGCUUUAAGAAAGUUGAUCCUCAGGUGGCUAAGAGGCUUGAAAUUAAUGAUGAAGCAGGAAUAUGGUUGUCCAAAAAUUUCAAGAUUGUGGUUGUUGAAGCAUGGGGUGAACCUGAAUUCGAAUCACAAUGGCGUGAUAUGCUUGAUACCUAUGAUCUACAUGAGAAUGCAUGGUUGGUAUCACUAUAUAGUGAUCGCCCUUUUUGGGUGCCGGGGUAUGUUAAAGACACAUUUUGGGCUGGUAUGUCAUCGACACAACGGAGUGAAAGCAUGAAUGCAUUUUUUGACGACUACGUUAAUUCUAAAACAACUAUGAAACAAUUUGUUGACCAGUACGAUUCAACUAUUAGGAGGAAGGUCCAGUACCCUGGUGCUCCUGAUCCAGUUACUUCCAUGGGAGGCACGACAGUUGAUCCAGCUACUUCCAUGGCGGGCACGACAGUUGAUCCAGCUACUUCCAUGGGAGGCAUGACAGAUAGAGUGCUUAGUCCGUUGGUAGUUUGA